GUGACGCGGUGUGACUUCACACGGAGGCUGGAGGAGGACGCCGCCGCUCCGCGCAGCUCUCUGACCGUCUCCUCUCGUUCUCUCAGCGGGCGUCAGGCUGCACAAAGCCGGAGGGAUGGAUCCAGCGCGCCCGUACGGCGCCGGGAAGGCCGGGAACGUCGCUUUCGAUCCGGUCGCCUUCUUCACGCAUCCCCGAACCAUCCUCAGACUGAUGUCGUGGGUUUUCUCCAUGGUGGUGUUCAGCUGCAUCGUGAACGAGGGCUACAUCAACAUCGGCAGCGAGCGUUUGCUCUGCGUCUUCAACAACAACGCUGAUGCCUGUAACUACGGUGUUACCGUGGGCGUGGCCUGUUUCCUCGGCAGCAUCUUUUUCCUGAUUCUGGACAUUUACUUCCCCUCCAUCAGCAGCGUCAAGGACAGAAGACGGGCUGUCCUGCUGGACCUCGUCUUCUCUGGUCUUGCUAGCUUCCUGUGGUUCGUUGGCUUCUGUUUUCUGGCCAAUCAGUGGCAGGAUACCUCUCCAGACGAGCUGCCAUUGGCCCAGGGCUCCGACGCUGCUAGAGCCACCAUCGCUUUCUGCUUCUUCUCCAUCCUGACCUGGGGUUAUCAGUGUCUACAGGCAAUGAACAGAUUUAAGAGCAUUUCCUUCAUGGAGGACAAGCAGAGACUCCUGCCAAAGAGCCCUCCCACCCUCUCCCUAGUCUAA